AUGACCGCACCCCUCGAUCUUGAAUCUGCCGGCCGUGAGUUCGACAAAUGGCUGGAUUGGAAUGGGACUGCAAAUACCUCUCCACGAGCCCCCAAUGAAGACAAUCUCCUUGCGACGACUCAAAACCUACUCACCCUCCCAAUAUCUCCAUCGUCGACCGUGAACGGGGAUUCCCACCCUUCGCAGCUCAAGACCGACCUCCUCACCGCUCUUCCCACUCACGAUCUCCUGACUCCCCGACACAGUUCGGCAUCUCCAGAGUCACGAUCUAGUCUCGAGAUGCGACUCAGCGGAGACACCCUGAGAGAACAGCCAACUCCCAGCAUACGUCCCAUGCUCAAGCGGAAACUGUCGCCCACAGACGUACCAACCACAGACUAUCGCCAUGAUGCACCCACUCCUGCUGCCAAAAAACGCCCCCACAACAUUAUUGAGAAGAGAUACCGUGCCAAUCUCAAUGAGAAGAUAGCUGAAUUGAGGGACAGCGUGCCUAGCCUUCGUUUCGCACAGAAGUCAAAGAUACGGGAUUCCGCCAAUGGAGAGUCUGACGAGGACGACUUGGAUGGCCUCACUCCCAGCAAUAAGCUCAACAAGGCCUCGGUUCUGACAAAGGCGGUCGAGUAUAUUCGGCAUCUCGAGUUUCGCACCAAGCGGCUGGAGGAGGAGAACAAGUCUCUCAAAGAACGGCUCGAGACCCUGGACAAGGUCAUUGCCCAAGGCGGCCAUGAUGCCCAAAGAACUGCUGCUUUUACAAGCAAAGUGCUCAUAGAAGAAUCGUCACCUGGUUCAAACACCCACUCUCCCUCUUCGUCCGAAUCGACAAACACAACUUCAAACCCUCCACAAGGACUCAUUCCACAACCCGAGAGUUGGAGACGGCUACGCCAAAACCAACCCCAAGAACACUAUGGCCACAUCUAUGACACUCCCACAGAACGUUCAAGGUUCAGGGGCAAAUGGCCUACGAGGAUUGUGCUUGGCUCCAUCGCCGGCCUCAUGGUUAUGGAUGGCCUCAGUGAGUCUGAUAUGGGCUCAAAAUCCCGUGAAAAGGGUCUAUUUGGGAUCCCCCUCGAGCUUCUUGACGGCUGGAAAUUUCUGCGGUCACCUCGAAUAUACCUGGCCGCUUUCAGCCAAUUCUGUCAGGCAGGUGGCAUCAUACCAUUGAUCAAGGGAUUCAUUGCCCUGACAUUCCUUGCCUUCUUUAUCUUCUCAUACUUGUUCAAUUCGAAACCUCCGCCAAAGACCGACGUCGAAGACUCGGGCACGCAUUCGAGACAGGUUCCAGCUCCGGCCUCCCCCAUUCAAGUCCGUCGCCGCGCCUGGAGCACUAGUAUGCAGGAACUACACCUUCCUCAUCAUCACUUCUUUCCCGAGUGGAUCGCCAUCACCUGCGAAUGGCUCAAGUAUACCUUUGGCUACGUCUUUGGGGCGCGGGCCUAUGCUUGGCUUACUGGCCGCACUGCUGACGACGACGUGGCCCGGAUCAAGGCUUGGGACAUUGCCAUUGACGCACAACUGGCUGGCGGUGAUACCGAAGUCAGCCGAAGCCGGGUGCUCCUGACCAUUUUUGGCGCCGGGACUCUUCCUCGGACACCUUUGCGGUUGAUGUUAAAAGCACUUCAUUGCCGGGUGCUCUUGUGGAACGUGGGCUCACUCGGAACUGGAGUAUCCAGGAUCGCUAACCGCGUCGGGAAAUUCUUCGCCAACAGGCAAUGGGGCCACGCCAAAGAUUCACGCGACAAUCUACCCCUGCAUCAUUCGGAAUCCCUCCCUCCGUAUCUUUCGAACAUGCUUGAUAUGCCGUGUGAUCAUAUAUUCCUGGACACGGUCUGUCAGAGGGCGUACAAUUUGAUGUACGACCGACCCACGCACGAAGGUUCUACCAAUCCUCUGUUGGACGUUGUUGUUGAGGAUCAUGCAGUGAGAUCGCCUCUUGAUGCUGUUGCAGCAUGGCGGUCAAUGGUUUCAUUGACGCAAGCUUUGGAGGUGUCUCUACACUCACCCGAAGCAUCCGAUCGUGUCCAAGAGCACUUGACCGCUGCGCUUAAAAUUGCGCCGCCUGGCUCCGCGGCCGAAACGCGGGCGUUGGCUGCAGGCUCGGUCCUCAGUAAUACUGCUCGCACGGACUAUUUCAAGAGGGCAUCCGACGCCAUGAAAGUUUUGUCGCCCCCUGUUCCGCGGCCAGAAGCUGCAACUCGACCCCCUUAUUUUAUCGACUCGUCGACGCCGCCAUCAGCCAGGACUGAUAUCAUGAACUGCUUGCAUUGCGCAGAAACUUUGCGAAUACUCGACUGUGAAGAUGGCAAUGCUGAGGAUAUUCAAGAGAGGGCAUUGGCAUUUUUCUAUUCGAAAAAUCUCCAAAUUGAAAACACGCACCUCCUGACGCAGGCAGCGAGGAAGCAUCUUCUCCGGCGACUGCCAGCUAUGGAUGACCCAGCGAUCGCUGGAAGAGAAGAGGUUCGCGUUCUACCACACGAUCACAUAUUCUCGGCUGACGUGUUGGGUAUGCAUGAUAGCGAAAACAAGAUUCCACGCCGGUAUAGUGCGACCAGCACCGACUCUGGCUAUGAUAGUCAAGAUGCUUCUAUAUCCGGCUGGGACAUGGAUUCUGGGUCAUCGCCCAGCUAA